AUGCCUGACUAUUCAGUAAUCGAAACAACCUUGGACUCCAUAGUCGCCUCUCCCCGCACUUUGGACCUUCUCCGAGACCUUCACAAGCAAGCACUUGACGAGCCGCCAUAUGUGAGCACAGAUGGUCCCGCCUCGACGGCUCUUGACAAGUUUGUCGCCUUGGACCCUGAUAAGUGCGCGUUUGUCUACCUUCUCCUGCGGUCUAUGCAGGCUCGCUUCGUCGUCGAGGCGGGAACGUCGUUUGGUGUGAGCACUAUAUACCUGGCCCUCGCAGUGUCCCAAAAUUCUGGCUCGCAGCCUGGAAAGGUGAUUGCUACCGAGAAUGAAGCGACAAAGGCGUCACGGGCUCGAGAGCACUGGAGCGCCGCUGGUGAUGACAUUGAGAAGUUCAUCGAAUUAAGAGAGGGUGAUUUGCGAGAGACGCUGAAGACAGACCUACCGGAACAGAUCGACUUUCUGUUGCUUGAUAUCUGGACUCCUCUGGCCCUACCCACACUCAAGCUGGUUCACCCGCGCAUGAAACCAGGUGCUACAGUUGUUGCCGAUAAUAACGUCGCUGCCGAGACGGGAUACACGGAACUGGUGGCUUACCUUGAGGACCCCGCCAAUGGAUUCAAGAUGUCGACGGUUCCUUAUUCGGGAGGCCUUCUGGUCGCUGUUUAUGUCGGAAACUAG